UAGGUGAGGGUGAGGACAUCCCACAAGACAAUGACAUGUACUCAAAAUUCCCAUUGCCCAUUUUGGUGAACAACCCAACUCCUUCAAAAACCCCACAAUUCAGCUCAACCUCCACCCAACAACUUUUUAGACCCUUACCUAAAUGACCUCCUCUCUUAACACCAUCUUAGCUUAAUUAUAUAUUAUAUUAUAACUCAACCCAUCCAUAACACACCUGCAAAAGCUUUUAGCCCUCCUCCUCCAUCCAAAACUCUGAACAUCAAAAUUUUCUUCAAAAUGGCUAGUAACAAGCAGCUGGAAGACAAGCGUGCAGGUGCAGAGAUUGUUUACGGCCCCGAAGAUUGCUACCGCCACUCCAUAGACCUCCUGGAAGAGCUAGGGUUUCCCAAAGGUGUCCUGCCCCUGCAGGACCUUGUGGAGUGUGGGAGGGUGAGAGAAACUGGGUUUGUGUGGAUGAAGCAAAAGCAGCCAUAUGAGCACUUCUUUGUUGGGUCCAAUACACGUGUCAGCUAUGCCACUGAGGUGACUGGUUAUGUGGAGAAGUUGAAGAUGAAGAAGAUGACUGGGAUUAAGAGCAAGCAGGUUUUUCUUUGGGUCCCAAUUUCCGACAUGAGCAUUGACGACCCGUCAAGCAAGAAGAUUGUCUUCAAGACCCCAGUGGGGAUUGGAAAGUCUUUUCCAAUCACAGCUUUCAUGACUGAAGAGGAGAAGCAGAAGCAUUUGGAGAAAGUGAAUGAAUAGUUAAGCAAAGGUUUCUUGUGGUCAAAAUCAAAUCAAUCUGGGGGUGGUUAUGCAAAAAUAAACAUUUACUGGGUACUUAAUUUUAAUUUAAAAUUUUCUUUGUUAUGUCAUGUUUGUGUUCAUCUCUGGACUACGUAUUCAGUAACAUAUUAUAUGAUGCGAAGAUUUAUUUAUCA